UUCUUGAGUCAUAGUGCAGCGAUCAGUGUCUUCUCGUCUCACUCAUCACCACUAUAUAUCUCAAGGCCAUAGGAUAGCCACAAGCACUAUCCCGAGUAAACUUAGCAAGAAAACCAAGGUUGCCUUGAGUGUUUUUCUCGGCUUCUGUUGAUUAGACAUGGGCGAUCAUGGCUGCAGCGGCAACCUUCCUCCUGGAUUUAUUUUCAGCCCAUCUGAUGAAGAGCUUAUCCUUCACUUUCUCGAUCGCAAGGCCUCUCUCUUACCGUGCCACCCUGACAUCAUUCCCGAUCUUGGUUUUUAUCCUCAGGAUCCUUGGCAGCUUGAAGGCAGGGCUCUGUGGAGUGAAAACCAGUGGUACUACUUUAGUCGAGUGAUGGAGAACCAAGCAACAGGAAAUGGGUUUUGGAAGCCAUUAGAUAUUGAAGAACCUAUAUUUAGUUCGAGUACUGGUAAGAAGGUUGGAUUAAAGAAGUACCUCGUGUACUGCAUUGGUCCCGAAGGUGUAGAAACAAAUUGGAUGAUGCAGGAAUAUCAUCUUUGCAGUAGUAAGUCGAGCGGCAAAUCCUACAAGAGAAAGCAAAAAUUAGAUUGCAGUAAAUGGAUCCUAUGUCGAGUUUAUCAGAGGGAAGGAAGCUGUUCCAAGAGUUCAAACCACAGUGAUGAUGAUGAUGGAACCGAGCUUUCAUGUCUAGAUGAGAUGUUCUUAUCAAUGGAUGAUCUUGAUGAUAUAAGUUUUCCAAAUUAGUUUCUGAGUAUUGUUUCGGCUUAUAUGUUACUGAAUCAUGUGUAAACACGCACAUCUUAAUUUAUAUGUUUAAUUUAGAUAAAAUUAACAAUGUUCUUAGA